CUGUCCAGCUUUCUUAUCGGUCCUUUUUUCUCCUUUUCGGUUUAUUUGUGUUCUCCAUCCUCUUCUAUUCUCAAAUCCAAUUCACCCCCUUCAGUUUUUGUCUUCUCCGACGAUCUGCCGAUGCAAACCGACCUCAAAACCACCGUCGCCUCCGUCGCUGCACGCACCGGAAUGCAUAUGCAGCGUUACGACAAUGGCCGCCGUCAAGUCGUCGGAUGUGUCCCCUAUAGAUACAAGGAUAGUGGUGAGACAUCAUCCUUGAAGGCUGAGGAUGCAUUUGAAGUUCUUGUCAUUAGUCCUCAGAGAAAACGCAAAGUGAAGCUGUUUCCCAAGGGAGGAUGGAAAACAGAUGAAACAAUGGAAGCUGCAGCGCUGCGAGAGACAGUGGAGGAAGCCGGGGUGGUGGGUGAGAUUGAGCCUAAACUAGGAACAUGGAGGUUUGAGAAAGGCAAAAAAUCAUGUGAAGGUCACAUGUUUCCACUCCUUGUGAAAGAGCAGCUAGAGUCCUGGCCAGAGGAGAACAUUCGCAAUAGAAAAUGGAUGAGUGUAAGGGAAGCCAGGAAAGCUUGCAAGCAAUGGUGGAUGAAGGAGGCGUUGGAAGCGUUAGUAGGGCACGUAACGAAGCAGAAGAAUGCAGGCUUACUUUCAGCCAUUGGACUUAGCCAAGCCUCCCUUUUCUCCCUCCCCCAACCAUGGAUUCUGCAGAGGAAGCAUAGCCUGCAGGAGAAGGGAAACCAUUAGUUUUAGUUAAUUACUUAUCUUG